GUAUUAGAUUUUGGAUUGGAUUCUAGAUUCUAAAAUUCUCUCUCCUCUUAUUUUCUAAUUCUGGGUUUCCUCACAAAGAACCCUAGACCAAAGGAGUAAUUAUCACACCAAUUCUCUCCUCGACUAUUAUUCAGUGUUAUAAAACUAAAUAUUCCUUCACAAACUAAGCUAGUUUGCUAAUUUGUGACGACAUUGGAAGUUUCUGGCAGAUUUGGGGAUUGUUCGUUCAGAGAAGAUGAUUAACUUAUUCAGAGUGAAAGCAAAACAAAAGGAAAAUGCUGAAAAUCUUAAUGGAAAGACCCAUGUCAAAAAACAGUCAGCUGGAGAACUACGUCUCCAUAAAGAUAUCAGUGAACUGAACCUGCCUAAAUCGUGUACCAUGUCAUUUCCCAAUGGGAAGGAUGACCUGAUGAAUUUUGAAGUUACUAUCCGGCCUGAUGAGGGAUACUAUUUAGGUGGCACCUUUGUAUUUACCUUUCAAGUUCCAUCUGUAUAUCCUCAUGAACCUCCAAAGGUUAAGUGCAAGACCAAGGUAUACCAUCCCAACAUCGAUUUAGAAGGGAAUGUCUGCCUUAACAUUCUAAGAGAAGACUGGAAACCUGUUUUGAAUGUAAACACUGUCAUCUAUGGGUUGUAUCAUCUCUUCACGCAACCAAACUAUGAAGACCCUUUAAAUCAUGAUGCCGCUGCUGUGUUGAGGGAUAAUCCGAAAAUGUUUGAAUCUAACGUGAGAAGAGCUAUGGCUGGGGGUUAUGUUGGUCAAACUUUCUUUCCUAGGUGUGUUUCUUGAUGGUUAUGAUGCUGUUAACUUGGAUGUGAAGGGUGUUGUUUAACCUCCUGGGAAUUAUAUUUAAACCUGUACCAAUUUCGCCAAGGGUGUAUUUGAUGAUUGGUAUAUACUUUGUGUUGUAAUGAGAAUUUAGUCAAAUGACUUGAAAUAUGGUUUCCUCUUGUGCCAAAAUAAACACUAGUUAAAUUGUGCUAACAAUUUGGAAAUAUUUGUCAAAAUUUAUUCCGUAUCAUUUACUUUUU